UAGAGCAGCUAGGCAGCGAACUGUCUGCUCGGUGUGUUUCCACAAAGCAACCAAAAUUUAUUUGGCCUCCAUUUUUUUCUCGCUUCAAACAUGACAGGCUAGUCGAGUCACUACAAAUCUGCGCUGCCGGCGGCGGUACGGCAGCGUCGCGGCGUGGACUCCUGCCUCUACCCAAGCAGCGGCGGACUGGCUGGUAGGUCUCUUGAAGCCACGAGCAUGGCGCUUGGCGCCCGCCUCCUAUUGGGUCUCGCGCUGCUCGCCGCGCUAAUCGCCGUCCUCCUCCAGCUCUACCACCUCAGGAAGCCGAGGUUGUGGACAUUGGAGGAGUUGUCGAUAUACAAUGGAACGGAUGAGGGUUUGCCCAUACUACUUGGGAUUUUGGGCUCGGUGUUUGAUGUAACAAAAGGAAGGUCACAUUAUGGUCCUGGAGGAGGUUAUCAUCACUUUUCUGGCAGGGAUGCGUCACGAGCAUUUGUAUCUGGAAACUUUACAGGUGAUGGGCUGACAGAUUCUUUAAAGGGCUUAUCUAGCAUGGAGGUAAAUAGCAUUGUUGACUGGAGGAAAUUUUACUUUGAGAGAUACACAUUUAAUGGUAAAAUUGUUGGACGCUACUACGACAGCCAGGGCAACCCUACUAAAUAUCUGAGGGGUGUGGAGAUAAAGGCAAAACGAGGUGCACAGCUUCUUGAGAAGCAGAAGAGUGAGGAAGCUAAAAUACCCAGUUGUAAUUCAAAAUGGAGCCAGCAAGAUGGUGGAGAAGUAUGGUGCGACACAGGCUAUCCAAGGCUAGUCAGGAGGCCAGGCGACAUAGCUCUGACAGGACAAGUUAGCCAACGGUGUGCUUGUUUCCUGGAAGACGAGCUGGGCAGGCCAGGGCUAGUGGUGUACCAAGGCUGCGAUCAUCUGUCUACAUCCUGCAAAGUGAAGUAGUGGAAUAUACGCUUCCCUUCCUUGAUGCAAAUCGCCUCCGGCUUACUUACUCAUUGCGGGACUAGAGACAGUACAGUAAUCAGAUCCAGAAGCACCAAGCACGCAUUAUGACGAUCUCUCCUGCGAGUAGUGGAUCUUCGAUCUCUCUGAAUAUCGUCUUUUGCUCCUGGACCUGGAGUGAAAAGAUAUGCAAUCGAUUGUAAGGUUAACUUGCGAUCAAAUCAUUUCGAGCAAGGAACGCAGAGGAUGCCCAUGAUGUUUGAUGAUACUCCCAGCUGCCACUGGGGCCUUUGGCUAUCUAUAUUGUCGAUUGUAUUCAUGUUCCA